AUGAAGUGUCCAAUCCUACAUGACGGACUAGGCGUCUGCACUCUGAAAAGUUCUUCGCCUUGGCUUGACAAACAUCCAGAUGCAGUUGGCAUGUUGACCUCCCGCUGGAACCACAUCGUGGUCCCUACCUAUCUUGUUGUACUCCUGUUGACCUCGAAAUCCCUCCCUCUUCGCAAUAAUCAGACCAAGUCCUUGGCGCUCACGAGUUUCCUCAUUGUCUCCAUCAAUACUUUUGGUGUAUUGGCGUACCCUCUUACCACCGCAAAUGCCGCCGUCUCUCCUGAUCCAGUCUCCGAGCUCGUUAUCUCUUCAGGUCACGCACCGGCAUACAACUGGCAGAGCGAUUAUGUCUCUCACUUCACGAUUCACCCAUCCUGCAAUGCAACGGAGCGUCAUGAGCUUAGCGAAGGGUUGAGACAAGCGUACUUCGGCAAAGGUCCUACUGCUACGCCGAUGGGAUGGUUUGACAAGAUCGCCUCUGGUAAUCGCGCUGGCAUUAUCUUCCGUUGCGAUGAUCCUGACCGAAACUGUGAGACCCAGGAUGCAUGGGCUGGUCACUGGCGCGGUGAAAAUGCAACAGCUGAAACCGUCAUAUGCCCACUUUCCUACCAAACCCGCUUCCCUCUCACCGCACUAUGCGCGCGAGGAUUUAACGUUGCAACAGGCAGACCAGCAAACUUCUGGGCUCCAGAUCUCAUGCACAGACUCUAUCACGUCCCACUCAUUGGCGAAGAAAUCGUCGAUCACCAUGCUGAUGGGUACCAUGGCGUUCAAGAGCUCGCAGCUGGUAGCAACUAUACGUUAGCAGGACACAAUAGUGCUACGUUGACGUAUUUUGCAACCGAGGUUUAUGCGUAUGACAUUGCUGUUCCUGGCGAGGGAUGCGUAGGCAAGGCUAGUGAUGAAAAGGAGGAGGAUUCACAUAGUACUCCUGCAGCUACUGCAUCGACUGCAUCGACUUCAUCGAUUUCAUCGACUACAUCGACUGAGCCGACUGUGAACCCGACAAGAAUCAUCCCAGCUGAGACUAGUCCCACUGCGGCUGCCCCCGCUGGGACCGAGUGCCACACACAUGACGACGGAACAUUGCACUGCGUGUAA